GAGCUUUCAUCUCUGUGUGUGUGGACUUGUUGUAUUGUGUAUAUGCAUAACCACCUCCUUUAGAGAUUUUUAAAAGUUUCUCGAAUCUGUUUAAAACAAAUUGAGACAACAUAGAGCAUGGAAGCAACAGAUUCAACAAGAAAACCUUCAACUUUCAUCCCUGUGGUCCGAAACCCCGAUGGCUCCAUCACCCGGGUCCUCCAUUUCCCAACCUCUCCACCUGUACCCGAUCCCAACUCUUCCACCACCCCUGUUCUCUCCAAAGACCUGUCUCUAAACCCACUUCACAGCACCUGGGUUCGCCUAUUCCUGCCCCGAGAAGCACUGGAUCAUAGUUCCUCAUCAUCAUCAUCAAAGCUACCUCUCGUUGUUUACUUCCAUGGUGGCGGCUUCAUCACUUGCAGUGCAGCCACCUGGGCAUUCCACGAAUUUUGCGAAAAAAUGGCAAUCCGAGUAAGAGCCGUAAUCGUCUCCGUUGAGCACCGUCUCGCUCCGGAGCACCGCCUCCCCGCUGCCUACGAUGAUGCCAUCGACGCACUUCAUUGGAUUAAAUCUUCCCCUGAAGAGUGGCUUGUAAACUUCGCUGACUAUUCAAGGUGUUUCCUCAUGGGCACUAGUUCUGGGGGAAACAUAGCCUACCACGCAGGUCUACGUGCGGCUGCAGUUGUUGAUGAUCUAAAGCCGUUGAAGAUCAAAGGGUUGAUAUUGCAUGAUUGUUAUUUCGGUGGGACCAAGAGGACUGAGUCGGAAUUGAGGUUGGUCGAUGACCCUUCAUUGCCACUGUACUAUAAUGAUCUUCAGUGGGAGUUGUCUUUGCCGAUUGGUACUGAUCGUGAUCACGAGUAUAGCAAUCCGACGCUUGACGGUGGGUCUCCGUCGUGGGACCUAUUUAGGUCGCUGGGAUGGAGGGUUAUGAUUACGGGCAAUGAUGGGGACCCACUGGUUGGCCGUCAAGUAGAGUUGGCUGACGCCUUGGCAAAUAAGGGCGUGGAGGUGGUGAUCCACUUUUGCCAGGUCGGUCGGCCUGGUCAGCACACCCUAGAGUUGAAGGACCCUACCGCAGCGGAAACAUUUUUUGUUAUUAUGAGGAAUUUCGUGUAUUCGCCCGUGACUGUGAGCAGACUGUGAUUGCUCAUCCACGAUGUACGUCAAUUCUAUUGUUCAAAUUAAAUGGCUUGUAUACUAAUUGAAAAUGAGGAUAUAAGUUCCCUUUUGACAAUGCCAUUAUUGCUUUCCUAUGCUAUCAAGAAAGCAAAUAAACAAGGCCGCUAAAUGUUACUACAUUUUUCUUUUCUUUUUUUUAAUCUGUGUAAAUAUUUUUUUUAUUAUAAUUUGUUCCUAUC